ACGGGAUCUCCAAUGGGUCAAACUGCGCUGCAUGGGCUUUUCUUUCUCUUUGAUCAGAAGUCGAAGAGCGGGAUAUUCACGUCUUAAACCAACUCCAUGAACAACGUGUACUCGGGGCGAAGAACCAUGUCUUUAAAGUUUCAGAUGAAAACAAUGAGAACGUAAAUGGACUUGAAGAGUCGUAAAACGGCAUCAUGGCGGCUUCAUGUACUGGACGAGGUGCCACUUUUAUCGGGAACAUGCUAGCGUCAGUUAACUACAGGUGGAGGGCUGUGAUUGGUCCAGGUCUUCUGCAGCUGUCAUGUCUCCACACCAGCACCUCAGUGUCCACCUGGGAGAGGAAGAACCGCCAGGUGUUUCCUCCUCAAAGAAACGAAGAAGAACACAGACCUGCUGAGAUUUAUCACAGCAGGAGACAAAUCAAAUACAGUAAAGACAAGAUGUGGUACCUGGCAAAGAUGAUCCGGGGGUUGAGCAUCGAUGAGGCAGUGGCUCAGCUGGAGUUCAACGAUAAGAAAGGAGCAAAAAUCAUGAAGGAGGUUCUUCUUGAAGCUCAGGAAAUGGCCGUCAAACAUCACAACGUGGAGUUCAAGUCCAACCUUUAUGUCGCUGAGUCUUGUUCUGGUAAAGGUCGCUACCUUAAGCGGAUUCGUUACCACGGUCGUGGGAUGUAUGGGAUCAUGGACAAAGUUUACUGUCACUACUUUGUAAAGCUGGUGGAAGGAGCGCCUCCUAGGGCAGAAGAGAAGACGAGUUUGGACGCAGCCAAAGAUUAUGUCCAGAACCUACGAAACAGAACCAUCAUCCACAGUCUGUAGAUGAACGACCAAAAAUCAAUAUCCAGAAGGUUUAAGUGUUAUUCCUGGAAAUGAUGAUGAUGAUGAUGAUGAUGGUUGGUGGUGAUGACGUCAUCGUCAUCACCACCAACCAUUGUUCCAAUUAUCGUUGUCACUAUGGUCAUGUUUAUCACUACUAUCGGUGUCACCGUCAUCAUCUCUGUUUUAUCAGCGUCUCAUUCAUCACCAUGUUCACCAUUAUCUUUACCACAGGAGGGCGCCAUACUAUGAUUUUUGUGAAAAUAAACAAAAUGUCAAAUAUUGACCCAAAA